AUGCCUCCCAAAACCACCGCCGUCGCCGGCAAACCGAAACUCAGCACCAAACGGAUCAGGAAAUCUCGCACCGAAUUCGUCGAAUCCAGCAGCAGCAGCAGCGAAAGCGAAGCCAGCAGCGACACCGAGAGCAGCAGUUCAGCAGCCAGCGCCGCGGCGCCCAACCCCAGCAAAAAGCAAAAGACGACCACUGCACGUGACAACAGCACCUCGUCCGCUUCAGACGUCUCUUCCUCUUCUUCUUCUUCAUUAUCCGACUCGGAAUCCGACGCCCUCCCAGCCUCGGCCGCCGCCGCCGCUUUCCCGUCUUGGUACCUGCGCACCGUCACGCAGGAGCUGGCCGAAGACCUGGACAAGGUGCGCGGGGCUCCGGAUUUCGGGGACGCGGCGCUGCCGCUGCUCGUGCAUGCGCUGCAGCAGGGCGAGGCGUGUUUUUCGCAAGCAGAGAAGGCGAGAGUGAUGAGUGCCGCGGCGAGGGAUUGA